AUGUCUACUCUCAACCGAUCAUUCGAAGAAGCCAUUCAGGUAACACCCCAAGGCGCAAACAAAUACAGCGCCAACCUCCGCCCAGAAUGGUGCAUAGGAACCGUUCCCCACGGCGGCUACACAACAGCCGUAAUUUACAAUCUAGCAAAAACGCACUUUGCGCACGCCCAUGCAAACAGAUACAAAACAACACCCUCGCCAAUCUCCCUGCAGCUUUCCUUCCUGCGCCGCACAGCAGCAGGACCAGCAACCUUUGAAGUGGAAGAUGUCAAGCUAGGCCUACGCACCAGCACAAUCCACAUCAAACUCCUCCAAGAAUCCGAUAAGAAACCCGGCCAAAUGGAGAUCAUGGUCGCGGGCUAUAUCACGCUCAGCCCGCCCGACACGGAAGUCGGAAUCAGCGCUGGAACGGGGUGGAAGCCGUACCCUGUUCCGCCGGCUGGCUCGCGCGCCGAUGGCUCUGUGGAUUUGUCGGCGCUGGGAUCUACCGGUCGUGACGGCGGGUGGAUGAAGAUGAAUCCUCCUUUUGCGGAGUUCCGCAAAGCUGCUGCGCAGAUUGAGUUGUUCGGGCCUGCUGAGAAACGGGUCGGUAUGGGUGUUGAUCAGUGGGCGCGGUUUAGGCCUGGUGGGGAUGGGAAUGGGCGUUGGACGGAUGCUGCUGUUGCGUAUCUCGUUGACAUGUUUCCUAUGGCGCUUGAUGGGUUUGAUCAUAUGUCUGCUGAGGCUGUGGCCCGUGAGGAGGGGGGAAAGGCUCCGGAAAUGAAGGCGAAGUUUUGGUAUCCCACUGUAACAUUAAACGUGGACAUGAAGAAGCAUCUUCCUGCUGGGGGUGUGGAGUGGCUUUAUAGUCGGGUUGUGACCAAGGUUGUUAGGGAUGGACGGACGGAUUUGGAGGUUACUGUUCUUGAUGCUGAUGGCGAGGUUGUUGCGUUGAGUACGCAGGUUGGCUUGGUGGUUAGUGCGAGUCGGAAUGUUGGGACGAGGAAGUUCCAGAAGUUGUAG